ACGGUCGAGACUCGCGAGCACAAGGACUACUCUGUUUCUCGAGCUACUACGGACACCAUGAAGCGGAAUCACGACUUCAGCUCGAGCUUGAGCUCGUCAGACAGCGAGCUGGAUGAGAAUCUCGAAGUGGAGAAGGAGAGCGCGGACGAGAAUGGGGGCCGGAACUCUCCGCGGGACCCGAUGUCUCCGGUCGCGACUACUCAUGUGCAGGCGCGGAAGCGGCGGCGCGGGAUAAUAGAGAAGCGUCGCCGUGACCGCAUCAACAACAGCCUGACGGAGCUGCGCAGACUCGUGCCCAGCGCGUUUGAGAAACAGGGUUCCGCCAAACUGGAGAAAGCGGAGAUCCUUCAGAUGACGGUGGACCACCUCAAGAUGCUCCAUGCCGCGGGUGGCAAAGGCUACUUUGAGGCGCAUGCGUUGGCGCUGGACUACCGAGCGCUGGGCUGGCGUGAGUGUGUGGCGGAGUGUGUGCGCUACCUGGGGCUGCUGGAGGGGCUGGACAGCGCUGACCCCCUGCGUCACACACACACACACACACACACUGACCCCCUGCGUGUGCGUCUGCUGGCGCACCUCAACAGCUACGCCGUGCAGCGCGACGUCCACUCCGGCCUCACACACACACACACACACACACACACACACUCCGGCCUCACACACCUGGGCUGGAGCUCCGCCUACGGCCAUGCCCCCUCACACCUGCCCCCCCCCCACCACCAGCACCUGCUGCUGCCCCCCCCUCCCCCGUUGCCCGGGGUGAUGAGCGCUCGCUCUUCCUCAUCGUCACCCUCCUCUUCCUCCUCGGCGUCGCCCGGGGCGUCGUCUGCAUCCUCGUCUCCCGUGGCGACCGGCCGCUCCUCCUCCAGCCCCGCCUCCCCCUCCUCCUCGGGCGACGCCCACCUUCCCAGCAGGCCGAGCGGCGGCGUGGCGGUCAGCGGUGACGUCAUCGCUGCCCAGAGUGGAGCGCUCCGUGUUCCGACGCUCCCGUCCAAGCUGACCCCUCCGCUGCUGGCGUCCCUGUCCGGUCUGGCGGCGUUCCCGGCGUUCCCGUUCCCACUGCUGUGUCCGCGCGCCCUCUCCCCCUCCUCCCCCCCCUCCGGCGCCCCCCCCCACACCAAGCCCUACCGGCCCUGGAGCCUGGAGAUCGGAGCCUUCUGAACUCUCACCUUUGACCCCUCACCCCUGUGCGAGCGCCGCAGAGGAGGACAGACUGAGCAUGCCCAGUGGAGCUGGACGCCGCUGGACGCUGGUGUGGCCAGAGCUGUGUGUGUGUGUGUGUGUGUGUGUGUGUGUGUGUGUGUGUGUGUGUGGCCCCCUGUGUGACGAGCGCUGGCAGAACUGCCCGUCUAGACAAGUUCAAGUUGCUAUGACGAUGAGACAUUAACCCCCCCCCCCCCACACACACACACACACACACACACACACACAAGUGUUCCCCUGCGCUGAUUUACUGAUCUGACACACACACACACACACACACACAUACGGACACACACACAUCUCAUAUCUGAUCUGUGCCUUUCUCAGGACCCCCCCACACUGAACCCCCCCA